CAGCAGCCACACUUGCUUCUUCGCGUGUAAGUCGGUGCCCAAAAUCAAGAUUGCUUGGGUCGGUGACGAGAAAGCAGACAUAAUAAGGGGUCAUUCGGUCUAUCCAUCCUCAAGUUUGGUUUCCCAUUCUCCCGUCUCCUACCUACCUAGAAUAUCAAAACCCAAACUGAAAAUUAAUUCAACAACAACACGCACCUGACCUACCUACCUUAUCUUCCCUAAAUCGGAACAUCGAAAACAAGCAAAAAAAUGGAGUGGACAAAAACCCAAUACAACACCCUCUACGAAACCUGGGUUCCCUACCUCGAAGACCUCUACCUCCGCUACUUUACCCGCGACAACAAAGCAAGCUACACCACCAAAAAAAACCUCGACAAAACAAAAGUAACCGGCAUCUCCCAAGUCGACACCCUCCAAGACAACAUCCACACCACUGCCUCCUCCCAGCUCGGCCAGGACGGCCUGGGCAGACCAGUCGGCGAUUUACUCUCCAGGGAGGGAGUCAACAGGCUUGAGCGAAAGGGCAAGGAUGGUCAGGGCGGGUAUGUCCCCGGGGGAAACAGCAAUGCCGUCAGCGGGGCGGGGAAUACCCUUGUUGGUGGUGUUGUUGAGGGAGGGAAGACGGUAGGCAGCGGGGUGGUGAAUGGGGGGAAGGCGGCGGGGGGUUGGUUGGGGUUUGGGAAGAAGGAGCAGAAGUAA